AUGAGUCGUACGGCUUUGGUGACUGGUGCUGCUCAAGGAAUAGGACGUACUAUUGCUCUUCGUCUUGCCAAAGAUGGUCUCAAUGUUGCUGUUAAUGAUAUAGAAGCUAAUUCCUCUGAACUUCAAAAAGUUCAACAAGAAAUUGAACAAAUUGGUCGACAAUCAAUCUCUAUAAUCGCUGAUGUUACUAUAAGUGAAUCGGUUGAAAAAAUGAUGCAAGAAGUUGCAGAAAAAUUAGGAAAUUUAGAUGUAUUAGUCGCCAAUGCAGGAAUUUGUAAAACGAAAUUACUCUUAGAUACAACUGUAGAAGAUUGGGAUAGACUUUUUGCAGUAAAUGUGCGUGGUGUAUUUCUUUGUUAUAAAGAAGCUGCAAAAAUCAUGAUUAAACAAGGUAAAGGAGGAAAAAUCAUUGGUGCUAGCAGUAAUGCUGGAUAUAGACCAUCUGCAACACUCGGUGCUUAUUCGACUACAAAAUGGGGUGUACGAGGUUUAACACAAGCUGCUGCAUUAGAAUGGGCUCCAUACAAUAUCACAGUCAAUGCUUAUUGUCCAGGCCUUUGCAUGACAUCGCUUGCUGAUACGUUUUGUGAAGAUUUUGCAAAAAUACAUGGAAAAACAAAAGACGAGGUUAUGGACGAUUUCGCAAAAGGCGUUCCACUUGGUCGCUUAACAGAAACAGAUGAUGUCGCAAACUUAGUUUCAUUUCUUGCAAGCAAAAAUUCUGAUUAUAUUACUGGACAGAGUAUUUUAGUCAAUGGUGGAAAAUUUUUUUCUUAA